UUAAUCUUUACAACCAAUACGCAGUCCCUUGAAGAUUAACUGUAUUAUAAAAACAAGAUUUUUCUUUUCAUAAUGAUGUAACGUGUGGUCGGUUUGUGGCGCCACCAAAGCGGAACCGUCACACCGCUAAGCUUUGAACGUUUCAGACGGUACGGUUGUGUAAAGGGACAGUGUGCGCCCCAGCUGAUCCAUCCCGACAAAAGACAGAUCAUGAGCAAAGACUCCCAAAUGAGGGCUGCAAUAAACCAGAAGCUGAUAGAAAUGGGGGAACGGGAGCGGUUGAAAGAGUUGCUCAGGGCAAAACUGGUGGAGUGUGGAUGGAAGGAUCAGCUGAAAGCACACUGCAAAGAUGUGAUCAGAGAAAAGGGCCUGGAGCACGUUACAGUGGAAGACCUGGUCACAGAAGUCACACCAAAAGGCAGAGCACUUGUACCAGACAGUGUGAAGAAAGAGCUCCUGCAGAGAAUCAGAGCUUUUCUAGCUCAACACGCAACCUUGUGAAUGAGAUGGUUCAUGUCUAGACAUUUUUUUUUUUUAUACUCACUGUAAAUCCACAAUUCAAAUCCAGACUGAUGUUUGUUCUCAUUGUGAGCAUCGCUGAAGUGUUAUUUUUUAUUUUGUACUGUGUGUUUUCAUAUUGAUUUUAGUUUGUUUUGCAGCAAUUUUGAAAAAAAAAAAAUAAAGUCAUGCCUAUUUUGCUCAUUGGGCGUCCGGCCUUUGUUUUUUUUAAUUGCUACUGAAACCUGUUUGACCUGUUUGAUUGAUUUCUGUGGUAAAACCAAAGAAAAAGGCA